UCUCAGCUAAACCAAUUUUGGUUCCAAUUCGAAGAACAGAAUUUUAGUCUGAAUUGCAUUUCUCUGUGAAUUCGCAGAUGGACGAGUACUUGCAGUACAUGAAGACUCUGCGCUCUCAGAUGAACGAUGUGGAGGAUCAAGCGGCGAAGAUUUCUGUCGAAGAGCAAAUGCAGUUAACCACUAUUCAAACCAUGGAAAAAGAUCUCAAUUCUGCAAAAUCUGAAACAAAGCAGCUCCAAGAAGAUACUGACCUAAUGAUGAAGGCAAAGGGUCAAAUAUGCUCCCAGAUUUUGGAAAAACAGAGAAAGAUUGCCUCUCUGGAGUCUGAUUCAUCCACACUUACGCAGACAUUGGAGCUUAUUCGACAAGAAAGAGCCAACUUUUCGGCCAAAGUUAUGGAGAAGAGCACUUACUACACCAAGGUUGCAGAGGAUAUGAAUGCCAAAUUACGGCAACAACAGGUUUGA